GACAAGUACAUAAUUUAAUUAUGUCAUAGGUGUCAGUUGCCAAUUACUGCUCUCCUCCCCCACAUUAUUUUGACUGCAAAUAAUGGAAAUAUUAUCUCCCUCACUACCCGAAUCUACAUUAACUUUAUUAGAGAAAACUUUAUCCUAUUAUGCUACCAUUUCAAUAAACCUCGUCUACGUAUUUACUAGCGACUUGGAACUAGUUGGAUCGUUAGAUAUUAGUAAAUCAACCCCAUUACCCUUGAACCAAUGUGUACGUAUGGGUGAUGCCCUUUCUAUGGUCACUAGAUCAAAAGCAAACAAUGUGACUGAAUUAGAUGAUAUUGAUGGAACGAGAUUGAUUUGUCAUACCAUUGAUGGGUUCAUAUUCUUAUACGCAAUACGCAGGAGCUAGACCCCACAAAGUUUAUCAUGUAUAUAUUAGACCCUAGCUAGGUACCACCUUUUUCGGAUGAAUCUAUCUGUUGUGUACAUUAAUAACAUGAGGGAGGGGGCAGAAUCUCAAUGUCACGUCCAUUUUCAAAAAGAUAUGCGUCAGCUCAUCAUCGUUAUAUUGCAGGAGGGGGUGGGUAUAUCAUUUUCAAGAAUAUAUGAUAAUUUAUUCUCUUCGGAUAGCUCGGGUCCGUUAUACUACAUUUGAGGCACUUAGUAGACCUCCGUGUUGAAUUAUAAUUAGUGAUAUUAUGACCCAUUACUUACAUAGAUUGAAGCUUCUUAUUUGAGACCUGGUUCAAGCCAAACUUUUCACUCUUGACAGAAUUGUUAAAUGGGGUGUUAUGCUAAUAGAGAGAUUUAUAAAUUUAUAUACCUUGAUACUCUCUAGAUUUAAAUUCUAAUAAUGCUUCAUUUGAAUUGGAGCUAGAUGAAAAAUCUUGCAAACAAAUUGUAGAUUACUAGCUUAUUGAAUGGAACAAUUCAAUU